UGGGAUCGCAUUAUACCCUGUCCUAAUGGCAACCUCAGGUUCGAGCCAGCUACCUUUGCGUGUACUAUACACUGUUAAUCAUUCUCCUCAAUACAUUCUCGCAAAACUUCCGCAACCAGUCGCUGUUAGCUUGUGUGGACCCAAUGACUCUUACGGGACGGUCACUCUCAGAACAUGCCUCAAUGCCGUAUUCAACUCGAGCCCAGAACUCAUGCCCAACGCGUCCCGAGAUUUCUCAGUCUACGUCCUUGACCCCCUCGAAUCACAUUCUGCUCCACCAGUCGAUAUGGCUGCCCAUGGGAGCCCAGCCCAACAGCAGCCUACCCAACCACGAGGUGUAGCAGUAGCUCUCGGACUAGUUUCGUGGACCGUAGCAUCAAUCGGUGAACCUCCUGUCAUGGUGACAGGCUCUGUCGUCAAAGGAGCUGGGACAGGUGUCGACUCGUUAGAAGUCGUCUUAGCUCUGAAAGAGACGAAUCCCGUUCAAGCAGGCUCGUUUCAGUGGCUCAUGGGCCCACCUGCGGCACCGACUCCGACCUCUUAUAAACCUCAAUACCCGACGGCUUCAGCUUCAUCCAAGGCGCCACAGAUUGAUUCCCAAAACCUAUCCGCCUCUCAGGAGCCCACACGAACCAAGUCUACAGAUUUUCCCGAAGUUUAUAUUGGACCACCAAAGCGACCCCGAGGACGUCCCGAACGACCGAAGAAAGCUCCCAAACCUAAACCUCCCACUCGUCCUGGCAAUUCUCCAUUCAUAUGCGCACCGCUCUCUAGAAGCGAGGCCUCCCAAACUUCCAAACCCAGCCCCGCCGACGCAACGCAUUCUUCUGCUAUUCAGACUCUCCUUUCAGUAUUGUCCAGAGGGACGGAUAAUGCAGCACUGCUCUCUGCCAUCUCAUUCCUUGACUCCGGGGGGCAGCUGAAUGCAGCUUCACAGCCGAAUGCUGCACUUAUCGAUGCCCUACGAGGAGCGAUAUCGUCUGGAGCUUCAACUGAACAAGUAUCCUCAAGUGGAGCUCGCACGCCUCAAGAAGACGAAGUUGUGGUACUAGAUAAAGAGAACAUCAACCCGGAUGCGUUCCGUCGUAAAAACAGUCGCGAGGAUGGCGAUCCAACACCACCGUCAAGCCAGGAACCCGAGGAACAGUCUCGUAGGCUGUCUUUAGCCAAAGGUCGAAAGGAAUCUCAAGGCUCGGCUGAGCCUUCUCGCAAACGUACGCUCAGUGAUUUCAUGCGCGAGCAAGAACUCGAGGUAGAACGAAAGCGCGCUCAAAAGGGACCGUUAAAGAGACAGUCUCAAGAUUCAUUAUCUCGGCAUGCACGGCCGCUGCCAGUCGUGCACAACUACUAUCAACGGCAGGUCUACCAGAUGACCUCUGUCUCUCUUCCCAUGUCUGAUGACACUGUCGUGGAACGGCUGGCAACCCCAUCCUCCCGUACUGCUUGUGCAUCGUCUCCGCCGAGAAAGCUUCAUCGGACCAUGCCGACAGGUUCAGGGGUUUUGACUACGAAUAUGUCCGACUCGGACGCAUCAGCUCGGCCGUCGGGCUCCCAUCCUAAGAAACCAUACAUUGUUCCUGAAUGGGCGCGGACAACCACGGCAACUCAACCAAGACUAUCCCAGGAGGCUGAGCAGAGACUCGCCCUACAAGAAGAAGAACGCAAAAACUGUCGUAAACUCUCACUGAAGCAAAAACGCGACAAUCAGAAGCCCCAGCCAAAUAUGCGGCCGCCUUCGUCCAGCCAGAACGAGUUACCGUCAAGCCAGAUGUCUGAGGACACGUCAGAUACAGAGUCGUGCACAAACCCCCUUGCGAGCCUGCCAAUCUUUGCGUCUGAGAGUACUUCCCCCGUACGCCGCACAUCGUCCAGCUUCCCGAUUGUACCUUGCACGCCUCCACCGCGACCUCGAAUUCACAGAUCCCCGUUCAAACCGUCCGCCGUCAGCCCGUCUCCGCUCUUUAGCCCUACCCCGCAUUCCCUCAAUCGUACACCACAUGCCCGGACACCAAGAGGCGUUGCGGCAUCUCCGCUUUUUUCUCCUCGCUACCGCCGAACGAACGCUAAGACAUCUCCACAGAGCUUGUGCAAGCACCCUCGUUCUAUCAGGCGUGUGAGUGGACCGGUAGAAAAGACCAUCGACAGGGAAGAGCAAAAUCGUUUGAGCAAAGAUCUCGAUGAUGCACUCGAGCACUUGACUACGCCGGUCAAGUCUACUCCAGUAAGGAGACUCGGCAGAGGAUCCCCACAGAGCAUGGUCAAGCUCUCUCGUUCUGUUAGGCGUGUGAGUGGACCAGUAGAGCACCCUAUCGACAAGGAAGAACAGGAUCGCCUGAGCAAAGACCUCGACCAUGCACUCGAAAACCUGAUUACACCAGUCAGGUCAACUCCAGUAAGGAGAACUUUUACUCGACCUCUCCCUCCUCGACCGGAAAGCCCGAGUCCCUCCCCGGCCCCCAACGACCGAUGCCCCUCAAGUCCUCUCCCUCCAUCCUCGCCCCUUCCUCCAACCAGCCCCUCGUUGAUGCCUUCAGACGACGGACUCGACGACAUACCCAUGUCCGACAACUACGCCUCAGACUCUGACGGCGCCCUAGGCGACAUGAGCGACAUCCCUCCAUCGACUGCCUCCGACUGGCUUUCCUCAUCCGAAGGCCUGCUCUCCGACGACGAACUGACAGCGCAAUACCCCGACCUCGACGACAUAUUCAAGGCUUUCACCAAUUUCCCCUCGUCGGACUCACUUGCCAGCGACGCGACCCUACAGGGUGCAAUCGGCGAGGACGUUUGGCAGAGUAUCCAAGCUUCGAUUGACGCCGCCACAACAGAUGCAUCCGGAGACGAGGGCGCUGGCCUGGCAGCUGAAGGCAUCGACCAUGAGAAGCUGGCAGGGGAGAUACAGUCUAUACUCAACAACUGUAUAACGUGA